UCCGGCCCACCUCAGUCGUAAACUGUCAGUCAGUCAUAUAACGUCGGUGUUUCUGCAGGUGCUAGACGCGGUGGCGCAUUGGUGUAAUAAGAGUCUAAAAUAAAUAUUUAAAGAUGGCUUCAGCUACAGCUACCUAUGGACAGAAGGAGUCCUCAGACCAGAACUUUGACUACAUGUUCAAGAUCCUCAUCAUUGGAAACAGCAGCGUGGGCAAGACCAGCUUUCUGUUCCGCUACGCUGACGACUCCUUCACGCCGGCCUUCGUCAGCACGGUGGGUAUCGACUUCAAGGUGAAGACGAUCUACAGGAAUGACAAGAGGAUCAAGCUACAGAUCUGGGAUACGGCAGGGCAGGAGAGGUACAGGACUAUCACCACCGCUUACUACCGCGGAGCCAUGGGCUUCAUCCUCAUGUAUGACAUCACCAAUGAGGAGUCCUUUAACGCUGUGCAGGACUGGUCAACCCAGAUCAAGACUUACUCUUGGGACAACGCGCAGGUCCUGCUGGUGGGAAACAAGUGUGACAUGGAGGACGAGAGGGUGGUGGCAGCAGACCGGGGUAGGCAGCUCUCUGAACACUUGGGGUUCGAGUUCUUUGAGGCCAGUGCCAAGGACAACAUCAAUGUGAAGCAGACGUUUGAGCGGUUAGUGGACAUCAUCUGCGAAAAAAUGUCUGAGAGCUUGGACGCCGCCGACCCGGCCAUCACAGGGGCCAAACAAGGGCCCCAGCUUACCGAGCAGCCCGCAGCCCCCCAACAGGACUGUGCAUGCUAAAGCUUAACGACCCCCCACAUCAACCCAUCCUCAGGUCCCCUCACCCUCACUACCCCCACUCACCCAUCUCCCUCCGAAUGAACCUAUCACUCCAUAUGGGUGAAUGCGUGAAGUUCACUCUGUUUUUCCCAUGAUCCUCUGCACCCUUUACUCUGGUUGUCACUAGUUACCACAGACACAAAGUCAUAAUUAUGGCUAAACUCCACUUAUUUCUACAAUGUAAAUUCUUCAAAUCUGAUUUUUAACCUAACCUUAACCACACUGCUAACCUUAUGCUUAACUCAAACCUUAAAUUAAGACCAAAAAGCUAUUUUUUUUUAAAUCAUACAUUUUAUUAGCCAAUAUUGUCUUUGUGACUGUGGUAACUAAAUCAAAUCAAAUUUUAUUUGUCACAUGCGCCGAAAACGGGUGUAGACCUUAUAGUAUAU